GACUCAACUCUGUGUUUGAGCGCCAACUUCUUGGCUGGCAGAGACACUUCCUUGUUUUCUGCAGAAAGUCUCAAGUCACGUCUGUCUUCCGUCAUAGUAACAAACUCUGCAGCUCUCUGCUGUUUCAACAUUUGAUUUUGCUCAUCUCAACCAGAUCGUUAUGUGGGGUUUGUUUUUAUAGUCAAAAUGAAGAUCGCAGCAUUCAAUGUCAAGAAAAUGGGAUGGAAAAAAGUCAACAACAACUUUGUGCGAAAAAAGCUUAUCAAAAAAGAAUAAACGUAAUCCAUUUGACAUGCUGUGCAGUGAAUCUCUGGGACGAAGCUCCUACAGGGAGAGGUUUGCCUACUUCUACAGAGUGGAUGAGGUGAGGAUUAUCGGCUCCUACCAGUAUGAAGCAGAUAAUAAAGAUGUGAUCGCCAGAGAGCCCUUCAUUCUGAGGUUCCAGUGUCCAUAUACAGUUGUUAAGGACUUGGUGCUGAUCCCAGUCCACACCAAACCAAAGGACGCAGAGAGAGAGCUGGACGCUCUGGAUGAUGUGGUCAAAGCUGUGAGGAAAAGAUGGCGCACUAAUAACAUUAUGAUUUUGGGGGACUUUAAUGCAGAUGGGCGUUACCUCUCCAAGAAGAAAAAGGAAAAGAUUCGCAUCUGCUCUGCUCCGUACCAUUGGCUGAUAAAAGAUUAUGUCAACACCACGACAAGUGACACUGCUGACCACACCUACGACAGGAUUGUGGUGUUUGGCGAUCACAUGUAUGACGCUGUUGUGCCCUACUCGGCCAAGCCUUUCAACUUUAAAAAAGCCUAUCGCCUGUCUAACGCCAGUACUCAAGCCAUCAGUGACCAUUACCCUGUGGAGGUGCAGCUUUACUAUUGCUAUUAUUAAUUCUUUCAUCUGCACUAUGUACUGUACUAUAAAUAAAAAGUCUUAAGUCAGACCAUCCAACCUGCUCAUCAGCAAAUAGCACAGUUAUAGGCCAGGUGGUAAAAAGUUAUUGUUUUACAAGUCACAAGUAAGUUUGAAGUGUUCACACUACCCAAGUCCAGACGGGUCGACACGGGCAAGUCCAAGUCAAGUCUCAAGUCCUAGCCUUUAACAAGUUAUAAUGUUCUCUUAAUAAACUUUAAUACUAUUUAAAAAAUUUAACAAGAGUAAAAAAUUAAAAAAACUUUAUUGAAUAAAACGUACAGUAAAAAGUUUCACCAUCCGUGUAUGGUUCAUUCUUUCAUUAUAUCGUUUCAAAACCACAUCAGAAAAAAAACAAAAAAACAAUUAACUUUUUGUUUUUUUCUGUUUUAAAACCAAAUCGAAAAAAUAAAGAUUAUUAUAUUUAAUGUGUCUUAUUUAUGUGUCUUGCACUUAAUAAACAUGCAGCAAAUACACUUGGCGGUGCCUAUAAUUAAUAUAAUGAAAAUUAGCUUGAACAUCAACAUAACUGUUUUUUAGUUAGAAAAACAGGAGGCUCAAGUUUAGUAGUACACAGUAAAACUCACUGUAUGCUUGUACUGGGGCAGGAAUGGGAACGCUUCAGAAGUUGACUGUGAAUCCUCCGGUUUUAAGAAUCUGCAUUAACAAAGUAAUUCAGUGAUAUUGUCAGUACAUCCAAUGGUACACAGUAAAAACGAACUGUUAGAAGUUUAUUUGACAAACUGUAUAUGAACAAAUAAUAAAGGGACUGAAAUGUU